AUGGAGGAAACGCGGGAGCGCUGGAACGCUAACCGUGAGAUUCCAGAUACGGUGAAACUGGAAGAAAACAAUGAUAUUGAAUUCGACGCCAAUGCGGCCCUCUUUGAGGAGGACGAAGCGGCCUCCGAAUCAGAGGAAGAGCAAUCCGACGAGGAUAGUGAUGACAGUGACGACUCAGAUGACGUCGCUGAGAGUAUACAGCGCUACCGGUCGGACUACGGUGGCGCUAAAGACUCACGUAAUACUCGCAGGAAAUAG